AUGAUAAUUCAAUCUACUACAAAAGAUCAACUGAAAACUUAUACAAUAUUUAUGUAUCAUUCACCUCAAUGUCAAUAUGAAACUACACCAUUUGAAAAUAUCAAACCGGAUGAAACAAAAGCUUUUGCAAAACUUUUAUUAAAACCAAGCAAUGAACGUGACAAAAGUGAUUAUAAAAAGGCUAAAUUCACUCCUUAUCAUAUGGAUAGCUUACCAUCACUCACUUCAUCAAAUUUGUCAACUGUAAAACAGCAUACAAAUAGAUCUCGGCUUAAAGCUUUAAGAUUUCUAUCAAAACCAAUUCCAAAGAAAACUCGCAGCUUUUAUGUAAUAAACAUGUCAGCACCUUCAGUGUGUUGUAUACGUCAUCAGAGACUACUUUUACAGAUAUGUACAUUACUAUUAUUACUAUUGCAAAUUUGUAAAUUUGUGUAA